AUGGCAUCAACUGUUUUUCUCAUUUAUCCUGCUUCACCAGCAGGUAAUAAUCGUCGUCUAGAAAUAGCUGGUCUCGAUCUAUGGAAAAUGGCACGUAUCGAUAAUGUGUUUGUUUAUCCUUCGGAAAUCAAUAUUGAUUGUUUCAUUGAAGCACUGAGUCGUACGCUUUCGUUGUGGUCUGUAGUUGCUGGCCGUUUUCGUUUAGAUGAUGGCGAACAUUAUAUUAUUGAAAUGUCUGAUAAUCCGAUACCAGUGACAUUAGUUAGAAAUAAUGAUUUAAUUCGAUGGCCAUUUGAUUCAAAUGUAGUGAUAGAUUUUUGCAAAAAUUCUCUUUCGCCAUAUAUUGACGAAGUACAAGUAUCAAAACUAUUUGAUAAUACAGAAAAUGAACCCCUUGUACGAUUCAAACUAACUCAUAUUAUACAAAGUAAUGAAUGGAUAUUAGGUAUAAGUUGGGCACAUGAAUUAGGUGAUGCUGAUUCUUGUUUAAGAUUUUUAAAUACACUCUCUCGUUUAUAUCAACAAAUGGAACCUGCUGAGCCAUUACCAAUAUUUGAACGACGUUUAUGGAAAUCUGAUGAUGCUAAUCCUUGUUUUUUAUCUAGUAUGAAACAUUUUCUAGAUGCUAAACCUUUCGAAGUGAUGUGGAAAAAAUUUAUGGUUGAUCAAGAACUUUACGAUCAAGUUAAUUUAAUUUUUUCUAGUGAACAACUUGUCAAAUUACAAAGUCUAGCUAGCGAAGAGAACAAUAUAACAAUGCACGAUGCACUAACAGCUUAUAUUAUUCUUACCUUGAAUACAUAUUGUUAUCCUAAUAAUGAUGAACGUCAUAUUCUACGUACAAAAACAUCAAUCAAUUUUCGUGGUGUAUCCGAUUCGAUUGCUUCAUACGGUCAAAUAAGUAAUGCAGUAUUUUUGAUGUUAUCAGAUAAUUUUGAAGAUUCAUAUUCAUUAUCAAAUAUUGCCAAAACAAUUCGUCAAUCGAUUAUUAAAUCACGUGACCCUAACUAUCUUGAACGUUCGUUAGCAACUGCUGAUGAUGCCAUGAGAAAAAUGAUUCAUAAUAAUCAACUCGCUGAUUUAGGAUUUUUUCCAAAUGAAAUUAUUGUCAAUUCAAAUUUAAGAUAUGAUUGGGCGAAUUUAGUUGACUUUGGUUAUAAAGAUAGAUGCCGAUUUCAUACAGGUUGGUCAGGUACAUUUUAUUUACGAGUAUUUCGUCAAAAUCCAGUGUAUAAUGAGAAUGAAUGGCUGCCAAGUGAUAGAAAUGGAGCUGAAGUUGUAUUUCGAAUAGAAAAAAAUUUGAAAGACAAUUUCAUUAAUUCAAUUAAAAACGAUAUGAGUGAAAAUUUUGAAAAUAUAAAGAAAUAA